AUGACUUUGCGAAACAUUGACACUGACAUACAGCAUUGGAUUCGGCCGCUGAAUGUUGUCUUUUGAAUCCAUCGAGUAGAACUUCACUUCAUAGUUGUUACUUCUUUGGAGGAGUUGUUACUUCUCUUACUUACUACUUCAACCUCUCCAAAACCAUUCUUCACAUUCUGCCUCUCUUUGUAUCUUAGUUCACAAGUACUCGCGGACUUCAACUUCAACCUUAUCAUCACUCUCUUUUUACAAAUGGCUGAAAAUAACGACUCAAACCCUACCCCUCCUCCUCCUCCACAUGUCACACUACCGCAUGAAGCUGAUUCAUCCACCGUUACUCCCGAACCUGAACUGAAACCGGAACUCCCGGUCACCGAGAAAAUUGAACUACACGAUGUACCGUUACAACAACCUGAACCAGAAAACGACCCAAAAGGUAACUCAUCACAAGAUGUUGCUGUGGUUGAACAACCCAAAGAAGAAGAACAGGAAAACCACAACCAACUCCAACAGAAUAAGAUUCCACAGAAUUCAGUUUCAUUCAAAGAAGAAAGCAACAGAGUUAGCGAUCUAUCUGAUUCCGAAAGAGAUUCACUCGAAGAAUUAAAAAAACUCCUAACACAAACCCUAACCGAACAAGAAGUUUCAAUUUGGGGUGUUCCUCUUCUCCAAGACGAAAGAACUGAUGUGAUUCUCCUCAAAUUCCUAAGAGCCAGAGAGUUCAAAGUGAAGGAAUCACUCACAAUGAUCAACAACACACUUCAAUGGAGGAAAGAUUUCAACAUAGAAUCACUUUUGGAUGAAGAUCUAGGUGAUGAUUUAGACAAAGUUGUUUUCAUGCAUGGUUAUUCAAGAGAAGGUCAUCCUGUUUGUUAUAAUGUUUAUGGUGAGUUUCAGAAUAAGGAACUUUAUGAUAAGACUUUUUCUAAUGAGGAAAGAAGGAACAGGUUUUUGCGUUGGAGGAUUCAGUUCUUGGAGAAGAGUAUUAGGAAGCUUGAUUUUAAUCCUGGUUGUGUUAACACUGUUUUUCAAGUUAAUGAUCUUAAAAACUCUCCUGGUCCUGCUAAGAGAGAACUGAGAAUUGCUACUAAACAAGCUUUGCAGUUGCUUCAGGAUAAUUAUCCUGAGUUUGUUGCUAAACAGGUUUUUAUCAAUGUGCCGUGGUGGUAUCUUGCAUUCUAUACCAUGAUCAAUCCGUUCUUGACUCAGAGAACAAAGAGUAAAUUUGUGUUUGCAGGCCCAUCCAAGUCUCCCGAUACACUUUUCAAGUAUAUUUCUCCAGAGCAAGUGCCAGUUCAGUAUGGUGGCCUGAGUGUGGAUUUCUGUGAUUGCAACCCAGACUUCAGCAUGUCUGAUCCCAUCACAGAAAUUCCGGUAAAGCCGACCACAAAGCAAACAGUGGAAAUUGCUAUUUACGAGAAAUGCAUUAUUGUCUGGGAGUUGCGCGUAGUGGGCUGGGAGGUUAGUUACAGUGCUGAAUUCAAACCUGAUGCUAAAGAUGGAUAUGCGGUUAUUAUUCAGAAGGCUACAAAGAUGUCUCCGAGUGAUGAACCAGUGGUUUCCAGUAGCUUCAAAGUUAGUGAACUGGGAAAAUUGUUCCUCACUGUUGACAAUCCUACCUUGAAAAAGAAGAGGCUUCUUUACAGGUUCAAGAUCAAACCCUACUCUGAUUGAAUACAAAAUCUUCUGUAGUCUCUCGAGUGAUUUUCGAUACAUGAAGGAAAUUGAGCUUCACGAUUAAGAAGUAUGCGUGUCAUAAUUCGUUCAACCCAUAAUGCGUCUAUAGUUUUGGUCGUGACUCGUGAGUUGUUUGCAGAUUCAUCUCUCUGUUGUUGUUGUAUUUAAUACUUAUUUCUAGAAAAACGUUUCAUAGCUAGUCUAAAUUUGUUCUUUUAUUUUCUGGUGAUGAACAAUAUGAAGGAAGAGUGUAGCACAUGGAAUUGGAAAUGAUGUUGGUUUGGGAUUAUAUGUAUUUGUCACUUAAAAAAAACCUGAAUUAAGAGAUGUUUCAUUUCACUGUAAAAUUUUGUUGUUGUACUUAUCCAGUAACAAACUCUUCAUAUGUUGUGUUACAUAACCGGUCCCAAUUUUUGGGUAAAGAAGAUGGUUUCCUCAGGGCGGUCUACGGAUAAUUCCAAA